GAAUGCGAAUGUCCAGUUCCAUCACCUGAGCGAUCGCCGCCCAGAGAGACAGAGCGCCAGGUGGUCCUCUAGUUCUUCCGAGAGACCCUUAGAGGAAAAAAAAGUCAAAUCGGGGCUUCGGGGUUCCAGUCAGACUCCGUGGCGAGGGCUUGGAAUUCGGGCACAUCCUCACACAGUGACCCAUCACCCUGAUGAAGCGAGGACAGCCGGAGAUGAGUCAGGCCCGGGUUGACCGGAGAAAAACCUGUGUCUGGAGCCGGUCUGCAAAAAGCUGGAAGAUCGGCAAACUGAAAACUUCCCCUAGCAAGCAACACAGCUGCCCAGGCCAGAGCCAGGCCUGUGCGCAGAGAAAGGGCAAAACCGAUCUGCUCCCGGCGAGAGAAAAAAAAAAGCGGUCGGGGUGCAGCUGGAUAAAUAAAACCCCUGCAGCCCGCGGCGUUGCCGUCUUCUCUUUCCGGGACAACAGACAGUGAAGUUACGGGAGGGGUGGGCGGGGCCACGGGGGUCGGUGCGGGAGCCGGAGAGACGCGGUUAGAGAGAAGCUGGAGCGAAGACUGAAGCUGGGCGAGAGCUUGGGAAUGUGGGGUUUGAGAAGUGAGCGAAAGGCUUGAGGGUCCGCGGGAUCCACCUCUGAGGCUCGGUGUCCUGUAGGGAAUCCCCGCUGGAGAGAGACGAGGAUCCUGUGCAGACGCAGGAGAGGGUAGUGAGCACGACGGGCGAGUCCAAAGAGCGAUAGAAGCGAACAAGCCGAAGCAAGGGGCAAGGUCGUGGUCAAAAGGGACAAUUUGAGUCGUAACCCGCAGAGAACACAGGAGGCAAACAGUCCGAGACGAGAGGCGGGGGUUCAAAGUCGAAAAGGCAGAAGGGGAGUCCAGAAUCCAGGAUAAACGAGGCACGGAAAAACCGCCAGGUAGAGCUCUCCAGGAGCAGACUCAAUACCGAGCAGCGGGAAACAGGUUCCAAAGAUGAGCUGUUUUCCAGUCACAGGCGAGAAAAUCAAGUUUGCUCUCUGCAAUGAUCAAGGGGUUUUUUUUGAAGGGGAAGACAAUGGCGCUAUGGAAAGUGACAGCUUCAUGUCUUCAAACAAAGCGGACUACUGCUUCAUCCGCAACUCCAAACACAUGUUUCUGGUGGUCACGUCUGAGUGCCUGCACUUUGAAAAAAGAACUACAAAGCAGUGGAAAUCUGACGACAUGAGGUUCCUGCUGAAGGUAUUCAACAACACGGAGGACCACAGGGACGCGGCCGUGGCGCUGGAGUUGCACGGCGAGGGGAGAACACGAGCGCUCUACUGCAAGGAGGAGAGCACCGUCGCUUACAAGGAGACGGCCUUGGCCGACACCAUCCCCGGAGACUCUCACGAGAGUAUCUUUUACCUCAGGAGGAUCCAGGACAACACUUUCACGCUGGAGUCGUCAAAAUACAAGGGCAGCUACCUGUUCUGCUACCAAGAUGGCCCCUGCUACAAACUCAUUUUGAAGAAGAUGACGGAUGAGGUAGAUGAAGGCCAACACGUUACAAUAGAAUCGUGCUCGGAUGAGGACCCAUGAGUCAGAAUUCCCUGUCCGUGCGGGAACAGUACCCCCUCUAUUGCCCCCAAGUUAUUACACUUGUCUGGUUUGAAAUGAAUUUUUAGUUGCUUUUGGAUAAGGGCAACAAUUAAAUCAAUUCACAGAGUGAAAUUAAGGGAUUAAUUUAUUGAUUAAAUGCCCUGCACAAGUUAAAAUGAAAGUCUAGAAAGAAAUGUAGAUUUCAGCUACUCAUGGGAGAUUCCUCUAGGCAGGAGUAUUUGGGAAAUAAGUAUAUUCUCCAGUAACAUGAGCCCAAAAGUAAUAAGGAAUAAAGAAAAAAUAAAUGGUGUUUUAGUAGUGUGGGUCUCACAUUUGUGGCUCCUGAUUGUAGCCUUUUUAUGGAAAUUAUUCCAUAGUUUGUGCUCAGAAAAAGAGAUUACUCUUUUCUGUCAGAACAGGCUCGUGGUUUCCUCUUCAGAACGAAGUCUUUUUACAGGUCUAGCAGUCCGUUUAACUGCAACAUACUGUAUGCGAGGCAUUAUACGGUUUCAAAAAUGUUUUUUAAAACAUUCUUUCCACGAUGUGUGAUCCACGCCGUACAAUGCACAGCAUGCGACUGACGCAGGUUUUUUUUUGCCGUUCAGCUUGAUUAAAUAUUUAACUCUG